AUGCCCAGCUACGUCAAAUUUAUGAAGGACAUCUUAUCAAACAAGAGGAAGCUAGAAGACAAUGAAACGAUCAUGCUUACUGAGGAGUGCAGCUCAACUCUCCAACACAAAUUAUCACCGAAACUAAAAGACCCAGGGAGUUUUAUUAUUCCUUGUAAUAUUGGUAAUUUGUAUAUAGAUAAGGAAACUAGGUUUGGGGGAAGCAAAGCGACUGCAAUUUCACAGCAGUUAGCCGACAGGUCAAUCAAGAACCCGCAAGGUAUUUGUGAAGAUAUUUUGGUUAAGGUCGAUAAGUUUAUCUUCCCAGUGGACUUCAUUAUUUUGGAUAUGGAAGAAGAUCAGGACAUCCCCCUCAUAUUGGGUCGCCCAUUUUUUGCUACGGGAAGGGCUCUGACAGACGUGCAAAAGGGUCAGUUGAUAUUGAGGUUAGAUGAAGAGGAACUGACAAUCAACGUGUUUAGAGCUUUCAGAUUUCAGAAUGAACCAGAUUCUUGCAUGCAGAUUGACAUAAUAACGAAAGUAGUGUCAGAGACAUUCAAACUUAAUUACCCUCAAGAUCCGCUUGAGGCUUGCUUGGUGCAUUCUCAAGAAUUGCCAUCGAAAAAAGAGGAAGCAGAAGAGUAUGCACAUUAUUUGGCAGCCAUACCACCACUUUUCAAAAUCAAAGGAAGAUCAGCUGCUAAGAGUACUUUGGGAGCACAAGAUAGCAUUAGGAUGGACGAUAUCAAACAUAAAAGGAAUCAGUCCUUCGCUUUGCAUGCACAAGAUAUUGAUGGGAGAUGA